AUGGAAGUGAUAGAGGAGCAACUGCGUGAUUCGAACGGAAUGUGUGAGUAUGCCAUUUAUGUGAAGGCUCUCAUAAAGCGACAGGAAGGGCAGGUUCAGGAAUCAUUGCAGCUAUUCCAAGCUGCCACCUGCAUCAGUCCAUUGAACGUCUACAAUCUCAAGCAGAUGGGUCGAAGCCUCUACCUGCUUGGCAAGCAUCGUGGAGCUAUCGAGGUCUAUGACGAAGCCCAGAAGAUUUCGCCGGACGACUGGGAGAUUUGGCACAACAAGGGCCUUUGCUACAUGUACCUUCGUCAAUAUGACAGCUCCAUCGAUUGCUUUACGAAGGCGAACCAGAUUCAGCGCCACGAUGUGACCUUCAUGCAGCUUGGAAAGGUACAUGCAUUGCAAGAGGAUUAUAAGUCAGCUAUUGAUGUCUACACUGAAGCGCUGGAGUUUUCACCGGAGCAUGCAGAGCUCCUUACAACUCUGGGGAUCCUAUAUUUGCGGAUGGGAGAGAACUUCAAGGCCUUUGAUUAUUUGGGAAAUGCCUUGACACAUGAUCCGAAGAAUGCCAAAACAAUUCUGGCAGCUGGAUCCAUCAUCCAGGACCACUCGGAUAUGGAUGUCGCUUUGAUCAAGUAUCGUGUGGCUGCGGUUCACACGCCAAAUUCUGCUCAGCUUUGGAACAAUAUCGGAAUGUGCUUCUUCGGGAAGACGAAGUAUGUGGCUGCGAUCGCUUGCGCUUGCCUGAGUGCACUGAGAGAUUGA